UCCCGUCCCGUUGAGUAAUCUCUUGAGAGUCUCAUCGGUGAGGUUCAUCCAGCAGAGCCUGCUCCUCCGCUCCGACACUGGACCGCAUCGGCAGCCUUACUACUCAGGAAGAGAAGACAGGCUGUGAACACACCUCGUCAUGAACUGGGCAUUCCUCCAGGGCCUCCUCAGUGGGGUGAACAAGUACUCCACAGCCUUCGGCCGAGUUUGGCUCUCUAUCGUUUUCCUCUUUCGGGUCAUGGUGUUUGUAGUCGCGGCGGAGAAGGUAUGGGGCGACGAACAGAAAGACUUCAAAUGCAACACGGCUCAGCCCGGGUGCCACAACGUCUGCUACGACCACUUCUUCCCCGUCUCCCACGUCCGGCUGUGGGCCCUGCAGCUCAUCUUCGUCACCUGCCCCUCUCUGCUGGUGGUGAUGCACGUGGCGUACAGGGAUGACCGGGAACGGAAACACCGGCUCAAGAACGGCGAGAACUGCCGCCGCCUCUACAAGAACACGGGCAAGAAGCGCGGCGGCCUGUGGUGGACCUACGUCCUCACUUUGGUCUUCAAAAUAGCUGUGGACACCACCUUCGUCUACCUCGUCUACCACAUCUACGAGGGUUACGACUUCCCCUCGCUCAUCAAGUGUGAAGAGAAGCCCUGCCCCAACAAGGUGGACUGCUUCAUCGCUCGGCCCACUGAGAAGCGGAUCUUCACCAUCUUCAUGGUGGUCACCAGCCUGGCCUGCAUCCUUCUCUCCAUUUUUGAAAUCCUCUACCUGGUGGGCAAACGCUGCUGCGAAUGCUUCACAACUCUCCACCACUCUCGCCACCCUAUGACCAACACGAACACGCUGUCCAGUGCAGCCAACCUGAUGGAGUCCAGCACGCUCAAGGUGACGGGCAAGACCUCCCCUGAUACGCCUGCUCCUUCAUACAGCGUCGCCAUAUCUUGAGGUCCGGAGAGUGAAGGCAAAGACUUAAUGAAGAACAAUGUUGUGGGAAGGGAAAUAUGACCCCCCCUUCCUCCUCUCCACAGGGGACUUCCUUAAAAGACUUGUCGACAGACAUUUGAGUGCUCAGAGACUACACUACAAUAGAGGUAGUUCUUUAAUGUUACUGUGUCCACAUGUCAAAGAAUUGGAAAUUCUGGACCACAAGACAUAUGUGUCAUUGAUCUGGAAUGUGCUCACUGUGGUGGGGUUCGGGUCAGAGUAUUUACAGAGAUCUAUUUUCCUUUUCCUUUUUUUCUACAGC